CAUCACGCUCAUCCGCUCAGCUCUGCCCUGUACCCUCUCCACUUCUCAGACUUCUAACUCCAGGAACCAUGUCUACCAAAACCACCAUCAGAAGUCAAACCAGCCACCGUGGCUUCAGUGCCGGCUCAGCCAGAUUGCCUGGGCUGAACCGCUCUGGCUUCAGCAGUGUGUCUGUGUGCCGCUCCCGGGGUAGCGGUGGCUCUGGGGCAGUGUGUGGAGGAGCUGGCUUUGGCAGCAGAAGCCUCUAUGGUGUGGGGAGCUCCAAGAGGAUCUCCAUUGGAGGGGGCAGCUGUGGCAUUGGUGGAGGCUAUGGCAGCCGAGUUGGAGGAGGCUUCGGCUUUGGAGGAGGAGCCGGCAGUGGCUUUGGCUUUGGUGGUGGAGCUGGUAGCGGUUUUGGCUUCGGUGGUGGAGCUGGUUUUGGUGGUGGCUAUGGGGGUGCUGGUUUCCCCGUGUGCCCCCCUGGAGGCAUCCAAGAGGUCACCGUCAACCAGAGCCUCCUCACUCCUCUGAACUUACAAGUCGACCCCACCAUCCAGCGGGUAAGGACUGAAGAGCGCGAGCAGAUCAAGACCCUCAACAACAAGUUUGCCUCCUUCAUCGACAAGGUGCGCUUCCUGGAGCAGCAGAACAAGGUCCUGGACACCAAGUGGGCCCUGCUGCAGGAGCAGGGCACCAAGACCGUGAGGCAGAACCUGGAGCCCUUGUUUGAGCAGUACAUCAGCAACCUCAGGAGGCAGCUGGACAGCAUCACUGGGGAGAGGGGCCGCCUGGACGCAGAGCUGAGGAGCAUGCAGGAGACCGUGGAGGACUACAAGAACAAAUAUGAAGACGAAAUCAACAAGCGCACAGCAGCAGAGAAUGAAUUUGUGACCCUGAAGAAGGAUGUAGAUGCUGCCUACAUGAAUAAGGUUGAACUGCAAGCCAAGACAGACAGUCUGACAGAUGAGAUCAACUUCCUGAGAGUUCUCUACGAUGCAGAACUGUCUCAGAUGCAAACUCACAUCUCUGACACAUCUGUGGUCCUCUCCAUGGACAACAACCGCAGCCUGGAUCUGGACAGCAUCAUUGCUGAGGUCAAGGCCCAAUAUGAGGAGAUUGCUCAGAGGAGCCGUGCUGAAGCAGAGUCUUGGUACCAAACCAAAUAUGAGGAGCUGCAGGUCACAGCAGGCAGACACGGGGACGACCUGCGCAACACCAAGCAGGAGAUCGCUGAGAUCAACCGCAUGAUCCAGAGGCUGAGAUCUGAGAUCGACCACGUCAAGAAGCAGUGUGCCAACCUUCAGGCUGCCAUUGCUGAAGCUGAGCAGCGUGGGGAGAAUGCCCUCAAGGAUGCCAGGGGCAAGUUGGAAGGGCUGGAGGACGCCCUGCAGAAGGCCAAGCAGGACAUGGCCAGGCUGCUGAAGGAGUACCAGGAGCUCAUGAAUGUCAAGCUGGCCCUUGAUGUGGAGAUCGCCACCUACAGGAAGCUGCUGGAAGGAGAGGAGUGCAGGCUGAAUGGUGAAGGCGUUGGACCCGUCAACAUCUCUGUGGUGCAGUCCACCAUGUCCAGCGGCUAUGGCAGUGCAGGCGGUGCCAGCAGCAGCUUGGGCCUGGGAGGAGGCAGCAGCUACUCCUACAGCAGCAGCCAUGGCCUUGGAGGUGGCUUCAGUUCUGGCAGUGGCAGAGGCCUCAGUGGUGGCCUGAGCUCCUCUGGUGGCAGCUCUUCCACCAUCAAGUACACCACCACCUCCUCCAGCAGGAAGAGCUACCGGCACUGAAGUCCCUGUCGCCUGAGCUUGUCUGCUCCCCAGAUGCUCUGGCAGAGCCCUGUGCUUGGGUGCUGUCCCUGCUGCCUUCCUCCCUCUGCUCUAAGUUUAGGGCUGAGAAGCUGAGUUCUUGUUGCUCCCCUCUGUCCCCAAUACGCAUCUUCUCAUUGUCAUCCUCUGACCUCACAUUUGGUGCUGCAAGCUCUAGUUAGGUUUCCAGACUCUGCCUCCUGACUGUCUCUGAGGCUGCCUGAGAAAGGGUCUCUCUGCCCCUUUCCUUCUGGAAAUCGUUGUCUGGGUCCUACUCACCUAAACAGGAGCUUCCCUUUGUCUCCCAGUGGCCUGAGAAAACCCCAUCUUCUCUGUCACGAACCUCCCUGGCAGUAACUGUGAUCACACACGUCAAGAGUCCUGUGAUGUACAGAGUCUGUGCUCAUGUGAUGUUUCUCUGUUCUUUGCUUUCUUGUAAUAAAGCGAAAUAAAGCAUGUUUAUAACAUAA